CCUCACCAAGUUGAACUAGGCUUUCCUUCUGUUUCAAAGCAAGAAUGGCAGCCUCCACCAUGGCUCUCUCCUCCCCUUCGCUCGCCGGCAAGGCCGUGCAGCUCUCCCCGUCGGCCCCCGAGCUCUUCGGCAACGGGAGAGUCGCCAUGAGGAAGACCGGCGGCAGGCCCGUGGUACGGCCCUCGUCCGGGAGCCCGUGGUACGGCCCCGACCGCGUCAAGUACCUCGGCCCCUUCUCCGGCGACCCCCCGUCCUACCUCACCGGCGAGUUCCCCGGCGACUACGGGUGGGACACCGCCGGGCUCUCGGCCGACCCCGAGACCUUCGCCAAGAACCGGGAGCUCGAGGUGAUCCACGCCCGGUGGGCCAUGCUCGGGACCCUCGGGUGCGUGUUCCCGGAGCUCCUGGCCCGCAACGGCGUCAAGUUCGGCGAGGCCGUGUGGUUCAAGGCGGGCGCCCAGAUCUUCAGCGAGGGCGGCCUCGACUACCUCGGCAACCCCAGCCUGAUCCACGCCCAGAGCAUCCUGGCCAUCUGGGCCUGCCAGGUCAUCCUGAUGGGCGCCGUCGAGGGCUACCGCGUCGCCGGCGGUCCCCUCGGCGAGGUCACCGACCCGCUCUACCCGGGAGGGAGCUUCGACCCGCUGGGACUCGCGGACGACCCCGAGGCCUUCGCGGAGCUCAAGGUGAAGGAGAUCAAGAACGGGAGGCUCGCCAUGUUCUCCAUGUUCGGGUUCUACGUGCAGGCCAUCGUGACCGGAAAGGGGCCGCUGGAGAACCUGGCCGACCACCUCGCCGACCCGGUUAAAAACAACGCUUGGGCCUACGCCACCAACUUCGUCCCCGGAAAGUGAGGGCCCUAUCCUAUGUAAACGAGAGGGUUAAUAUUGUGACGAUUCUUGUGCUUCCUCAUCUCGUGUAAAUUCAUGCAAAUUACUUAAUGAUGAGUUGAGAAUGUUGUUACC